UAACGAUCCGAUCGUCUGAAUGGACAGCCUUAAAUAAGUUUCACGAGACAAAACUGUUUGUAGUGAAGUGAAAUAUUAAAGUGCUAUGGCAGGGGUUGGCAGAGGCGGAGGACAAGGACCGGCGGUCGGGAAACUGGAGUCCCAGAUUUAUUGCAUCAAGUACACUUUGUUCUGCUUCAACGUUGUACUGUGGUUGUUCGGCGUGUCAAUAUUCGCGCUAUGUCUCUGGAUAUGUCUCGAGCCGGGAUUCAACGAGUGGAUGAGGAUAUUGGAGCUACAGAAGUACUUCAUCGGUAUAUACAUAAUUCUAAUCGGGUCGCUUGGCAUCAUGGUGGUAGCUUUCAUUGGAUGCGGUUCUGCGUUAAUGGAGAACGUAUUCCUGCUACUAGUGUUUACAGCGACACAAUGCGCUUUAUUCGUGUUUGGGCUAGUGGGUGCGUGUGUCGUAUUGGACUUCUCAACGUAUGACUCCAGCAUUCAACCUCUUAUCAGGAACGUCAUCCUUAGACUCGUAAACAACCCACAACAUGAAGGCAGUCGGGAGAUACUAAGGAUGGUACAAGAAGGUAUCGGCUGCUGUGGGGCGGAUGGAGCAAUGGACUUCAUAAGCAUGAACAAACCGCUGCCAUCUGAGUGUCGUGAUUCAGUCACUGGCAACGCUUACUUCCAUGGUUGUGUCGAUGAACUAACUUGGUACUUAGAAGGAAAGACUGGCUGGCUGGCUGGCAUCGUUCUUGCAUCUUGCAUGAUAUGCAUCGUUAACGCUGUCAUGUCAUUAGUUUUGAUUCAAGCCGUGAAGAAAGAAGAAGAAGAAUCGGUUGUCUAUAAAAAUUAAUCAAUUAAUAUUAUUAUAAAAAUUAAUUAGACUUACAAUGUUAUAGAAAUUUAUUUCGGCGAUGUUUUUUUUAUAAGUUUUAUUUUAAUUGACUAUUUUUUAAUUAUAAAAUAGAUGACAAGUUUUUAUCUUUAUCACUUAUUCCCAUCGUUUUAUACACUUAGUUCUAAUUCUAAUACAAUUAAUGAUAGCUGUAAUAAAGUUGAUAU